AUGUGCGUGAAUACUAAUAGUAUUUAAAAAGUGUGGUCACUAGUUAUAAAUGUUUGUGGCUUGGUAACUUCAUUAACUUGUGUCGCAUAAGCAAAAGGGUGUGCGAAAAACACCGCUGCUGGUGCAAUCGCUUUCAAAAAGCGCUCGACGCUGCUCACGCUCGCAUGGCAAACAGAUGAUAAUGGCACAUGGCGACAUCAGUUAGGACUAGAUACGUAGACAGGAUAUCAAAGUGGCUGCAUAUUGUACGCCUAAGCGGCGCAAUCAAGGGACAUGGCUGCCAACGCAGCAGCGACGUCGGCGACCCGUGAAUUCGUAGAGGGCUGGACGCUGGCGCAGACGCUAGGCGAAGGUGCCUAUGGCGAAGUCAAGCUGCUCAUCAAUCGUCAGACGGGAGAGGCCGUGGCCAUGAAAAUGGUCGAUCUGAAAAAGCAUCCCGAUGCCGUGAUCUCAGUGCGUAAGGAGGUAUGCAUCCAAAAAAUGCUGCAAGACCCGCACAUUUUACGCUUCUUCGGUAAACGAUCGCAGGGGCACGUGGAGUACAUAUUUCUUGAAUACGCUGCCGGUGGAGAGUUGUUCGAUCGCAUUGAGCCCGACAUCGGAAUGCCACAACAUGAAGCCCAGCGAUACUUCACGCAGCUGCUCUCCGGACUUCAGUAUUUGCAUCAGCGCGGCAUCGCCCACCGCGAUCUGAAGCCGGAGAAUCUGCUACUAGACGAGCACGACAAUAUUAAAAUAUCAGACUUUGGAAUGGCCACUAUGUUUAGAUGCAAGGGACGAGAGCGGCUGCUGGACAAGCGAUGCGGCACUCUGCCGUAUGUGGCUCCGGAGGUUCUGCUAAAGCCGUACCAUGCGCAGCCGGCGGACAUUUGGUCGUGUGGUGUCAUAUUGGUUACAAUGCUGGCGGGUGAACUGCCCUGGGACCAGCCAUCGGCGAGCUGCGCGGAGUUCAUCAACUGGAAGGACAACGAUCGUUGGCAAACGCAGACACCGUGGAGCAAACUCGAUACUUUGGCCAUAUCCUUGCUACGCAAAGUUCUGGCCAGCAGUCCAGGUGGACGCCUAACGCUGGAGAAGAUUCUCGACCACAAAUGGUGCAACAUGCAGUUUGCUGAGCAUGAUCGUUCCUAUGAUUUGGUUGACUCGGCGGCUGCCUUGGAGAUUUGCUCGCCCAAGGCCAAGCGUCAACGCCUGCAGUCGAGCGCCCAUCUCAGCAACAAUCUGGAUGACUCAAUAUCGCGGAACUAUUGCUCGCAACCCAUGCCCACGAUGCGCAGCGACGAGGACUUCGAUGUGCGGUCCCGCAUCAGACAUGGCAAUGGCCAAGAAGACGGCGACAGACAGGCGCUGGUCCAGGAAGCACGCUUAACCUACUGCUUCUCCCAGCCGGCGAUGCUGGAUGACCUGUUGCUGGCAACGCAAAUGAAUCAAACGCAAAGUGCAUCACAGAACUACUUCCAGCGCUUGGUGCGACGCAUGACCCGCUUUUUCGUGACCACGCGCUGGGAUGAUACAAUUAAGCGGCUCGUGGGCACAAUCGAGCGGUUGGGUGGAUACACGUGCAAAGUUAGCGACGAUGGCGUUGUCACAGUGUCCACUAUUGAUAGACGUAAGCUCCGCUUAGUAUUUAAGGCGCAUAUCAUUGAGAUGGAUGGAAAGAUACUCGUCGACUUCCGGCUGUCUAAGGGCUGCGGCCUCGAGUUCAAGCGUCGUUUUAUCAAAGUUAAGCUUGCCCUGGAGGAUAUUUUACUGAAGGGACCAACAACUUGGCCUAUUGCGAUUGCAACCAAUUCGGUGCCCUAGCUUUUCGUACUAAUAAGACAUAGACUUCUUUAAAUUAGCCUAUCAUUUGUUUGUAAUCACACUUCAUGUGUCAUUUUUAACUUUUUUACUUUAUACAUAGAAUAAGUAUUUCAAAAGAGUUUUUAGUUUUGUUAAAUGUUGAAUAAGUAUUUUACAGUAGUUAGCUAAACGUUAUGAAACAAUAAAUUGACACUGAUUAUGACGACAUUUAAACAAAA